UAUCUAGUGACCAGAGAAACCGCUCCCCGCCCCCUAAAACAAAAUAACCCCAAGAACGACAAACACGCCUCCGGAGCGCAAUUGAGUCGCAUUCGCACACGGCUGAAGAAUUGCCCACAUUCCUUUCCUUUCCACUGAUUCCAGACGACUGCAUGUAGCGCUCCCUCAAUUCAAUCGUUCAGGCCACAAAUUUCCUUCUACCCCUCGCGACCCCGCUUUGGCGGUGUUCUCAUUCCUGAGACGGACACCACCCCCCCUCCCUUCGAAGACCACCGCGGCGGGGUAUAAUCGAGAUCGCCGCCUCGCCUCGCAGUUAUGCCCUGGCGGCCUCUGCCUCGCAUCGCUUUUGCUGUGGCUAUCUAUCCCUUCCAGCCUUCCACUCCGGCAGAUCUACCCCUUGAGCUUGGCGAUGAAUUGUACAUAAUUGAGCAAGGAGGCGCCGAUGGGGAAUGGUGUCGUGGAUACCUGGUCGCUCCACCGUCGCUGCUGGCGGGCUUGACCAGCACCAAGGGUCAAACACUCGAGGCAAGAGUCUUCUCGGGUGUCUUCCCGCGGAACUGUGUCGAAAUCCGGGAGGUUUUGGGUGACAGCGAAAGAACUAUAACCAAUGGAGACCGGUCGAGCUUGGUUCUGACACCUGGUACCGAGGGAGACGUGAGAGAUAAUAUUACCUCCUACCACGACGACGAGGGCCCGCUCGGGGAAGUCUCCGAUGUAGUGAUUGCGAAGAAAGGCAAGCCGUCGCAGAUCUUCAUUCAUAAGUUGGAUGAAGAUGAUCAGUCAAGCCCGCGCUCACUUGUGAGCCACACUUUGGGAGCUGUCUCAGCACCGACCUCACCUAUCAUCGUGGCUCCGCGGGACCCUACCGCCCCCAAGCCGGCUGCACCGGUGCCAAUGCUUAAAAUCGGUGACGAAACACCAACAUCGCUGUCGGAACCGCUCGUGGAUGAGAUCGCAUCCUGCUUGCGUGAAUGGCAUUCCACUAAUUUGCACCAACUGCUACUGUCCCGCCAGUAUGAUACCGUCGAAGAAAUGUCAAAGAUUGUACAAGAACUCGACCUUGCAAGGCGGCAACUUCAAUACAAUGUGCUCACAGCCAAGGAGAAAGUCCAAUUGCGACAAGAGGUAGUAUGGAAGCUGGUCCAGGGUAACAAAACGUUGGGCGGAGAAGUCAUUGUUCGAGAUCCUCAACAGAGGGGUCGGCUACUUACAGGCGAUGAUUCCGCGGUCCAGUUGACCAAGUUGCAAUCCGAGAUGAGUAUGCUUGAUAGUGCUCCUGCACAGCAAUCAGAUGCGGCUUCUCUGCAUCAUUUGCUCCUCGAGGUGAAUGCUGUCUCGGGCAAUGCACCAGGCCCCGUGACACUGGCCCUCUACUUGUGUUCGCAGUCGGAGACUGGCGCUCUGACUCCACUGUCAGAGACCUACCUUCUGGAUAUCCCAUCGCCUGACAAGUUUGCGAAUAUGGGUCAGAGCCACAAACUGAAAACGCUCUUUACUGACUUGAGCAACACGGACUUUGGCGACGACGCUUCGACCAAUGGCCCCAAGUUGUAUUUAAUUGUGGCCGUUCGCGCAUCGGAAACCGCCUCUGUGGCCAGCGCCGCAGCUCAACCAAGAUCGUCACUCUCGCGCGAUAGUGCCACUGUCAGUAGAACGCCGACGAUAGCCAACCAUUCCGCGAAGAACAGUCUGAAAACCCGUCGCAGUAUGAUGUGGACAUCUAAGCGCGGCGCGACGGGCACUGAAGCGGUCAAAGAGGCCAGCAAAGGACCUCCUCGAUCCUCGGAGAGUGUUUCCAGCAACAAGGAACGGACCAGCGCUAGCCAACCGAGCUCAACGAAAGAGACGACCCAUAUCCGUACAUUAGGAAUUGGUUUCUUGGAAGUCUCCCCGAUUUUACGUUCAGAAAAGGAUACGGAAGAAGUGCUCAACAUUUGGUCUCCAUCUGAUGAGAGCGACGAGAAAGAAGGACGCGCUGACGGUUUCGAUGGUCUGGUUCGCACACUACUUCCAAGUCUCAGUGGGAAAUAUGUCCGAUCCCAGCCAGCUGCUCGACUUCACCUUCAUCUUUACCCGCACACCAAUCCCGACUCAGAUGCCUUGGUGCGGAAGAACCCCACGACCAUGCUGAAUGUCACUCAGACUAGACGCAUCGGCUUCGCUCAGGCCCCGAGCAAACCUAGAUCGGAUAUUUACGUCACCAUCUCCCAUGCCACUUUCCCCAAUGAUGCCCUCCUCUCGCAUCCCCAGUCGGGUCAGGUGCCUGUACCGACGCUGACGGGACUUCGAAACUUGCAGCUGACUCUCGAGGUCCGGACCUCGUCAGGAGCACGCGUUGACCGCUGCGUUUUCCCUGCAUCUAACCAACCUUCACAAACUGCCUGGCGGACCACGGUCGCUGAGCGCGGAGCACCGUGGAAUCAGACCAUUCGUCUCAACAUCCCAACGGACCAGAUUCCUGGGUCGCAUCUGAUAAUGAGUAUCGCAGAUGCUCCCGAGUUCCCCUUUGCUCUUGCCUGGAUGCCUCUAUGGGAUAACAAGGCCUUUAUGCGAGAUGGUCCUCAUUCGCUUCUGCUACAUGCGUACGACAAGUGUACCUCGAGCAUCGAGAACGGAAAGGGCGCCUACCUGUCUCUUCCGUGGAGCUCACUGGGGAAGAACGAGUCAGCAAAGGACGAAGCUAUCACUGGGCCCUUGGCAACCUUGCGCCUGGAGACGCAUCUGUGUAGCACCGAAUUUUCCCAGGAUCAAGUGAUACUGAGCCUUUUGAACUGGAAAGAGCGGCCCGUCAGUGAAGUCUUGGACACCCUCAAGCGGGUUCUCUUCGUACCCGAAAUCGAGAUUGUGAAACAACUCAGCAGUGUCCUGGAUGCAUUAUUCGGCAUAUUGGUCGAGAAUGCUGGAAACGAAGAGUAUGAAGACUUGAUUUUCAACAACUUGGUGACUGUUCUGGGAAUCGUGCACGACCGACGAUUCAACCUCGGUCCCCACGUUGACCAUUAUGCUGAGAACCAAUUCAACUUCCCGUUUGCUACGCCGUGCCUUGUUCGAAGCUACUCACGCCUUCUUCAGGCCAACUCGGAUCCACAACAGUCACGCAAUCUGCGGGCCACAUUCAAGGUGGGCCGCCAUGUUCUGAAAUUCAUCAUCAAUGCUCGCCAACAGCAGAAGGCCAAGGAGGAAGGCAUUGGGAUCACGCGAGUCCAGUCGACCUUCAAUCGAGACUUGCAUACUAUCUUCAAGUCACUGGAGGCUCUAAUGAAGGACACGUCGCCUGCGACGGUGGGAAGCAAAACACUGGUGGUUCAGCAUUUCCAUACGUGGCUGCCUGAACUCUCCAAAGUUCUCGGGCGAGACGAAACGAUUAUGAUCGCGCUCAGCUUUAUGGACGCCUGUAAGGACGUCAAGGGUAUGCUGAUACUGUAUAAGUUGGUUCUCAUUCAACACUAUACCCGCUUAGAGAUCUUUAGCUCCGGCGCCGAGAGACGAAGCCUGAUCUCCAGCUGUAUCAGCUGGUUGGCUCCGUACUGGGGUGCGACAGGUACUGUGUCUGAUCUCUAUCGUGAUCAAGUACGUCUGUGCUGCGCCGUGGUAGCGGAACUGUUGAAGCAGCCCGACUCUCUCCUCUAUGAGUUCAUGCCCAAGAUCGUUUCAUCAUAUUACUCUAUCAUACCGGAUGGGGUGGAAGAAACAAGCUUUCUUUCCUUGCUCUUCAGUAAGACAUUCCCAUUCCAAGUCAAGGCCUCAAAACAGUCGCAGCGGCUUGAUGAGGCAUUGGUCGAGCUUUCUGCAAUCAUGGCCGCUACGGCGGCAGUUCCCAGUCCCAAACGGCCUCGGUUGAAAGGCUUAGAGCUGUCUACUUUCCUCUCUCAAGCGUUCGAGGUGCACAAUUCAAUAUUAAAUUGUGAAGCGUACCCUGAAAGCUGGUUCAGCGUUCAUGUCUACAACCACCGCGCGACAGUCAAGAGUCUAGAGUUUCUUGCAGGAAUUCUGAUCAAGAAGUUCCUUCCAGCACCGGAAGAAGCCGAAACCUUCGACACGCGACUCUGGGAGAACUUCUUUACUACUCUGCUGAAGGUGGUCUCGAGUGAAGCGCUUGCCCUUGAGACUUUUCCCGAGCAGAAGCGGCGCGCCAUUUGGAAGAUUGCUGGCGAUGUUCGAGAGCAGGGCGCAGAUCUACUUCAUUCUAGCUGGGAAGCCAUCGGUUGGGAAACAACCGAUGAGGAGAGUGAGCGCUAUGGGCUAAGCAAAUUGGGCGGUUACCAGGUGCAGUAUGUUCCGGGAUUGGUGGCACCCAUCAUCGAGCUUUGCCUUAGCGUGCACGAGGGUCUACGACAUGUCGCUGUCGAGAUCUUGCGGACGAUGAUCCUGAGCGAGUGGGGACUCAACCAGGACUUGUCUAUCAUUGAAACGGAGGUCAUCUCCAGCCUCGAUAACCUGUUUAAGCGCAAGAAUAUGAGUGGCAGCGUGGUGCAAAAAUUGUUCAUUCAAGAGUUGAUGGACCAUUUUGAGGGCUACUCCGAGUUCGAUGAGGAUCUUUCUGAAGCAGUUGGUGCUUUGAUAGCCACUGUGGAUGAGCUGUUGGACCUGUUUGUGGCGUCGCAGGGUGGGUCUAUGGCUGAAAGCCUGCAUACCCUUCGAUUGAUGAAGUACAUGAAAGACAUGGGCCGCGAGGAUAUCUUCAUACGCUACGUGCACGAACUUGCUCAGGUUCAGGCUGCCGCGGGCAACCUCACCGAAGCUGGCCUGGCGCUCCAAUUCCAUGCAGAUCUGUAUGAGUGGGAUCCGAGGCGGACACUGCCGGAACUGCUCAACCCUGCUUUCCCAGAGCAAACCCCAUUCGAGAGAAAGGAGUCGCUGUAUUUCUCGAUUAUUCAGUACUUCGAGGAUGCGAAAGCUUGGUCGCAUGCGCUUGUGUGUUAUAAGGAGCUCACACAGCAGUACGAAGAGACAACCAUGGACUUCGCUAAGCUCUCCCGGGCACAGAGCUCGAUGGCUAAGAUUUACGACCACAUCGCGAAGGAAGACAAGCAAAUUCCACGAUACUUCCGUGUGUUGUACAAGGGACUCGGAUUCCCACUUACUCUGCGUGAUAAGGAGUUCAUCAUCGAAGGGGCUCCAAACGAGCGGAUGGCUUCCUUUGUGGAUCGCAUGCAGAAGGAGCAUCCAGCGGCGCAAAUUAUGUCGUCCGGUGAGAUCCAAGACUAUGAGGGCCAAUUUCUACAGAUCAGCUCUGUCAGUAUUUACCGCGAUGUGGAUCAUCCGGUUUACCAACGGUCCAAAAUCCCGCAGUCAGUCAGAGAUCAUUUACUGGUUUCCGAGCCUUACCAAUUCACAACAACGCUGAGGAGACAUGUGCGCGACGCGGAUGUGACGCAGCAAUGGGUGGAGAAGGCUAUCUACACCACCGCGGAACCCUUCCCUAACAUUCUGCGUCGCAGCGAAGUCGUGGAGGUGAAGGAGGUUUCACUGUCGCCUCUGCAGAGCGCACUUGAAAGAACCUGGCGCAAGACUCAGGAGCUAGUCUCGCUACAGCGACGAGCCGCAUCCGGAGAAGAUACUAGUCUGAAUAAUCUUACGGAAGCAGUGCAGCAGUUAUUGGAGCUGAGUGCGUCCACUCCAAACUGUGUUGCUUCUUACCGGCAGUUUUUGGACGACGUGCCCGACGAGGACGAGGGUGGAUUAGUGACACCCAAGCCCGCCGAUCCGAUGAAGAAUGCACUCGCAGUAGCUCUCAUUGACCACGCUUUAGCUAUCAAGCAUUCUCUGGCGCUUUACCACCGUCCGGCCCAUCAAGCUACGCAAGCGGAAUUGAUGCGUCGAUUCGAAGAGGCAUUCGCGCCGGAGAUUGCCUCCCUCCGUCCAAACGAGCCCGAGACCCCUCCAAGAUCUCCCCGCAAGUCUCCCAGAUCGGUGGACAGUCGCCAAAAGCAGUCUAUUUCGCGAGCCUUGAGCCCGGAGCAAGAGCUGAUUCGCUCCUCACGCAAGGCACAUGGCCGUAAGCACUCAACGAAGCAUUCAGUCAGCCAUCGGAUUAGCGUGAUGAACCCCUUCAAACGCACGAAUCAUGCUCCAAGUAAUUUGGUGACCCCGGUACAGGAGGAGCCGAAGAAGCAGACCGAGGUCAAUGGAGCUCAGGGCGGAGAGCCAGGCCAGGCGGAAUCAGUUGAUCACGAUGAUGCAGCCACGAUCCAGAGUCGCACUACCGUCCAAUCGCGCGAUACUCAGACCAAGCGGCGAAGCUUAUUUGGCGACGUCCUGCACAAGCACAGCUCGUCCUUGUCAAUCAGCAGCAACGCCCUUGAAGAGACCCCAAGCCAGAAAGGACAGCGGUCGAGAAGUGCUUCUCGGGAUACGCUUGGCGUAUCGAAUGAUUCUAUCAGCCGCACGGCAUCCCACACGAAUGGGACAGUCGAAGGCCGUACGUCAGUAAGCAGCCCAAAGAGCGGGGGUUGGUCGACAAUCCCUUCCAUCAGCGACUAUCCACGGCCAGUGACGCGGAGCAGCAUGGCGUCUGUCCGCAGUCCGGAGCUCACCAGCCCGACCGGCCACGGCCACGGGAAGCGCGACUCGAUGAUGAAGCGCUUCAGUUUGCUCAAGGGCGUCAGUCGAAAGGGCAGCCGCCCUGAUUUCAAGACGGACACUCCUCUGCGGGAGGAGUAACUUAUAAUCUGUUUUUCCUUUUUCGACCUUCAUUUCUUCCCUGAUGUCUGGACAUUAAACCUUUUAACUUGAAUUUCCUUG